AUGAACUCCAUGCACCCAUUGCAACCUGAGGAGGACCCAGCACUGAGCACAAGAAAAGGCAUAGCCUCAGACUUUAGCAUGAUGAAGAUAAGAAAGGUCACUUCUUACUCCAUCUGCAAGGCCAUGAUGUCUCACCCAAUGAGCAUCAACUGUGGACACAGCUACUGCAAAUCCUGCAUUCAGAGCUAUAAUUGCAGUUUUAGCCCAAAGACAGGAUGGAAGAUGCUGGGGUGUCCUUUGUAGAACCUCAGGCCCAACAAGGAGCAAGAAACCAUAAUUGAUAUGAUCAAGGGAAUGGAAGACCAGGAUCAUGACCUGGUGUGUGAGGAACAUGAAAAGAAGCUCAGUCGCUUUUGUGAAGAUGACUGUCAGCUCCUCUGCUGGUGCUGUUAUUGGGAGGAUCGGCACAAAGGUCAUAGCUUGGUUGAUGUGAAAAAUGUGUACCAGAACUACAAGGCAAUUUCUGGAAAAACUGCAAACACCGUGACAAAAUUUCAUGAACUCCAAGAGAAUCUUGAAGUUCAAAUACAUUUCAUAACAAGCCAAAUAAAUGCCUGGAAGGAUGCCAUAGAGGAUUGAAGGCAAACAAUCAAAUCUAACUUUAAGAAUCUCCAGAGUUUUCUACAGGAAGAAGAGAAGUUUUAUCUUUGGAAAUUGGAGAAUGAGGAAAAACAGACGCUUGUUGCAGCUAAAGGGCAGCGAGGUCAAUACACAGCAGAUGUAUGAUAUGAGAGAUCUGAGUGCCAAGUUCAGGAGCUGGAGGCAAAACGUCAGGGCUCAGCCCAGAAAUUGCAACAGGACAUGAAAAACAUUUUGUGCAGGUGCGAGGCUGUGAAGCUAAGCCUGCUGAAGGCUGAUUCCCUGGAGGUUCACACUAGAUGUAAUGUGUCUGAGCUUUACUUUGAUGUGAAGACGGUAUUAAGAUGUUACCAAGCUAGCGUCAGUGUGAUCCUGGACCCCAGCACAACCCAUCUUGACUUAGCUCUGUCUAAAAGUGGAAGACUAGUGACUUGCAAAAGAUGCCACAGCAAUCUUCAGGCUUCUGCCAAGAGGUUUUAUGGUUUACCCUGUGUCCUGGGCUGUGAGGGCUUUACUUCAGGAAGAUAUUACUUUGAAGUCUCCAUCGAGAAAGCAACCAGUUGGGAUGUCGGAGUCUGUUUAGAGAAUGUGCCGAGGGGCUUUAACAUGAAGAAGGAGUCUGAGUUUGGAUUCUGGACCAUCAAGAUGUCUGAAGAGGAUGGCCUUGAAGCUCUCACUUCUACCCCAACUCUUCUCCUUCAUCUGAGUAAAAAUCCCCAGCUUGUGGGAGUUUUUGUAGACUAUGAGGCUGGAGUUGUAUCGUUUUACUGUGUAACUACUGGCUUCCAUAUCUUCACCUUCCCCAAGGCUUCUUUCUGGAAUACUCUGAGGUCCAUUUUCCAUGUUUAUCAACAUUCUCCUUUGUUCCUGCCUGCCAUAAAUAAUUAA